AUGUCCGCCCAAAACUCCGCGGGAAUCCAGACCCUGCUCGAUGCCGAGCGCGAAGCUCAGAAGAUUGUUCAGCAAGACCGUACGAAGCGAGUAAAGGACGCCCGAAACGAAGCACAGAAGGAGAUCGAGGACUACAGGAAAGAGAAGGAGUCCGAAUACCAGAAGUUCGAGAAGGAGCACAGCUCAGGCAACCAGAAGGCUGAAGAGGACGCAAAGAAGGACACAGAUGCCAAGGUCAAGGAGAUUGACGAGAUUGGCAACAAGUCUGGCAGCAAGGUCGUCGACCAGCUCAUCGAGGCCGUCGUAAACGCGCACCCCAAGCCACCGGGCAAGCAGGACUAG